AUGAUGGCAAAAACAAAAGGAUCAUAUGAAGUAUUUCAUUAUACAGUUACAAAAGAUAAAGUAAAUAAAGGUUUAUGUGAUAUUGCAAGAUAUUUCGUACCAGAAUAUAGAAAUUCAAAGGAUGAAGAUUUAACAAUUCAAAAAUUAAAUGGUGGUAUCACCAAUGUUUUAUAUUUAGUUGAAGAUAAAAAUAUUGAACAAAAAUAUAGAUAUUUACCAGUUGUAAUUAGAUUAUAUGGUUAUAAAUCAGAAGAAAUUAUAGAUAGAAAGAAUGAAUUAAUUAUACAAACAGAAGCGGAUCAAAAUGGAUUAGGUGCUAAAUUUUAUGGACUUUUCGAUAACGGUUGUAUUUAUGGAUUUAUUAAAGGUGAACCAUUGGCAUACGAGGAUAUUAGUAAACCAACAAUGCAAACAUGUAUCGCCAAAGAGAUUGCACAAUGGCACUCAAUUGAGAUGCCUACAAGAAAGAAUCCAUCACUUUGGCCAACAAUAAAGAAAUGGGCAGCUUUGGCACCAGACGUUUAUCCAGUACCAGAAAAGAAUGAGUAUUAUCAAUCUAUCAAUGUAAAGAAAAUGAUUGAAGAGGGUAAAAUGUUGGAGCAAAGAUUGGCUCAAUUGAAUUCACCAAUCGUUUUCUGUCAUAAUGACCUCCUCAGUGGUAAUAUCAUCUAUGAUCCAUCUCAAAAUUGUGCCUCUUUUAUCGAUUUCGAAUAUGCAAACUACAAUUUUAGAGGCUUGGAAUUAGGUAAUCAUUUCAAUGAAUAUGCUGGUUUCGGUCCAGAUUAUUCACUCUAUCCAAAUAAAGAAUCACAAAUUCACUUUUUAACAGAUUAUCAUAGAUCUCUCUUUAAAACUGAACCAACUCAAGAUGAAUUAGAAAAAUUAUAUAUUGAAUCAAAUCAAUUUUCAUUAGCAAGUCAUUUAUAUUGGGGUUUUUGGGCAAUUGUUCAAGCUAUGAAUUCUCAAAUCGAUUUUGAUUAUUUAGAAUAUGGUAAAGCACGUUUUGAUAGAUAUUAUGAAACUAGAGACCAAUUUUUAAAUCUCAAUUAA